AAAUCUGGUUCUACUUCCAAUCUUGGAGGGUUAGUAAAUGAUGUUUUGUCCAGUAAGCCGUCUGGUUCUAGAGGAUCUACUCCCCCUACACCAGGGUUCGACGUGGAGCAAAAUUACACCGACAGCAAUCGUGGGGAAGACAGUGAUACAACUAGCACCUUAAAGCUCGGUAAAUCCAACAUCAGUGGACAUCCAUGCAAAGAAAAGAAGAAAACCUUUUUUAAAAAGACAGAAAGCAUUCCACCAUACGAUGUAGUGCCUUCCGUCCGGCCAGUGGUCCUCGUAGGUCCAUCUCUCAAGGGUUAUGAAGUCACGGACAUGAUGCAGAAAGCCAUUUUUGAUUUCUUAAAGCACAAGUUCGAAGGCAGGAUUAUCAUCACUCGGGUGACAUCUGAUAUCUCCUUGGCCAAGCGAUCUCUGCUGAACAACCCAAGCAAAAGAGCUAUAGUGGAGAAAUCCAGUAGUCGGGCGUCGUGUUUAGCUAAAGUCCAGGAGGAAAUAGAGAGAAUAUUUGAAUUAGCUCGGACGUUACAGCUGGUGGUAUUAGACUGUGAUACAAUAAACCACCCUUCCCAACUUACCAAGACUUCCCUAUCGCCUAUUAUUGUAUAUCUUAAAAUAUCUUCCCCAAAGGUUCUUCAGCGGUUGAUCAAAUCCAGAGGAAAGUCACAAAGUAGAAAUUUGAAUGUUCAGAUGGUCGCAGCAGAAAAGUUAGCUCAAUGUCCUCCUGAAAUGUUCGACGCGAUACUGGACGAGAAUCAGCUGGAAGAUGCCUGUGAACACCUGGGAGAGAUUCUGGAAAGCUACUGGGAAGCCUUACACCCACCUGUAAAGGCAUCACCUCCUACUGUCCCCCGUCCCAUCCUCUCUCCUCGAGUGGAUCCUAUUGGCCUGUCGAGACAUAAUUCCACUCCUCCAGUUCGAUUCACAAGUGACAGAACACGUACAAGGAGGUCGGAAAAGAUUUCAUCGGAGUUUGAUCAACAUGCCAUGUUACCGAGGUCUGUCGAGUUUGAUCAACAUGCCACGUUACCGAGGUCUGUCGAGUUUGAUCAACAUGCCACGUUACCGAGGUCUGUCGAGAUUCUAGAACAUCAAGCAGUGACGGCUUCCUCAUGUAACCAUCCUCACAGCGGUGCCAGAAAUAGAAUUUAUGACCAAUAUAUGGACUGGCCAGAUGACCGUGAUCCCUAUCUUGAUGACUAUGGCCCUCUCGAAGCACACGGUUCGGAGUCAGACCAAAUCGCGACUGUAGUGGAUUAUGACUCACAGCAUGACCAAGACGUAUUAAACGAUACAAAUUACCACAGAGAUCAGAGACGUGCUCGUCAUCCAAUGAAUGGUGUCUAGUACACUAAGACGCAAGAAAAAAAUUGUAUACACGUUUCUGGCUUACAAGUGUUGUUCCAUAUAUAUAUGUGUCUGUGAGGGAAAUAACAUUGGAUAUGUAGUAAAUAACCUUCGACAGGCAUUGUGGAUCGUAGUGAAUAAUGUCCAUUAAGUAUUAUGGAUAUCUAGUAGCUAAUUCCUAAUAAGUACUGUGGAAUACAAUUUCAACAGAUUUUCUAAGUAUUCAGCACACAACCUCCAACGGGUAUUCUGGAAUAUAGUAAAUAACGCUAAGAGGUAUUGUGAAAUCUAAUAAGUAACUUUAAAGAUAUUCUGGAAUAUAUUAAAUAACCUCAAGCAGAUAUUCUGGAAUAUAGUAAAUGACCUCCAACAGGUACUCUGGAAUACAGUAAAUAAUAUUAACAAGGACUCUGGAUAUCUAGUGUUAAACCUCCAACAGGUACUCUGGAAUAUAGUAAAUAAUAUUAACAAGAACUCUGGAUAUCUAGUGUUAAACCUCCAACAGGUACUCUGGAAUAUAGUAAAUAAUAUUAACAAGAACUCUGGAUAUCUAGUGUUAAACCUCCAAGAGGUACUCUGGAAUAUAGUAAAUAAUAUUAACAAGAACUCUGGAUAUCUAGUGUUAAACCUCCAACAGGUAUUGUGGAAUAGAAUAAAUAACCUAAAAAAGAUAAUCUGGAUAUCUAGUGUUAAACCUCCAACAGGUAUUGUGGAAUAAACGAACUCCAAUAGAUAUUGUAGAAUGUAGUAAAUAACCCUCUUCCAACAGGUAUUAUGGUAUUUAAUCAGGUGUUUAUUUUGGAAUCUAUUGAAUAACAUCCAACUGGUAUUCUUUACAUGUAGAUCAUAACAUCUGGUAAGUAUUUUGGAUGUUCAGUACGAAACCUCCAUUAGAUAGUGUAGAUAUCUAGUAAAAACCAUAAGAAAUAUAUUCUAGGUACUCAGUAGAUAACGUCCAGUAAGUAUUCUUUAUAUAAAUUAACGACUCUCAACACAUAUCCUGAAUACCAGUAAAUGAAAGCAAAUAAGUGUUAUGAACAUCUAAUUCUAUAACCUGUAGGUAGUAUUGUGGAUAUCAGUAAAUAACUUCUUACAGAUAUUAUGAAUAUCAUUUAAUAAUUCCAAGCAGUUAUUGUGAGUAUCAAUAAAAAACUUCCAACAGGUUUUGUAACAGAUAACAAUUAGUUACUAGCAAAACCGGGUCUUCUUGAUAUUUAAUAAAUAACCUAUAAAACACAUUAUACAUGUACAUUGUAGAAUACAGUAAAUAACCUCAAAAAAGACACUCUGGAUAUCUAGAGCUAAGCCUUCGACAGGUAUAUAUAUAUAGAUAGAUAGAUGUCAAUAAAUAAUCUCAAAGAUAUCUUGUGUAAAUUACCCCCAGCAGAUAUUGUGAACAUAUGCUAAUAAUGUUCAACAGUUAUUUGUGGAUAUCACUAAGUAAUAAGUUACAAAUAUUCAGAAAAAAAUAUAUAUAUACAAAAUAUUCUGUACAUAAAGUACGGGCAUUAAGUAAAUUAGUAAAAAACACAGAUAUACUGGAUAUUUGAUAAGUACCAUGACCAAUGUGUCGUUUCUUUGUAAUUACAAGAAUUUUAUGUCUACUGAAACAACGUAUUCUUUCGAAAUGAACACGUAAAGUAAGGUAAAGUGUUCAAAAAAAAAUGUUUUCAAAUGUGUUAUAAAUAAAUCUAAAUAUUUAUUUUGGCUUAGAAGAAACACAGCAUCCUGGAUCGUUGCAUAUCUUAAGAUGUAACUCAACGAGCAGGAUAUGUGAUAUAGUUGUGUAUAUGUCACGAUAUAACAUUUAAAAAUAAUCGUGUCACUCUGUAUAUAUCAUGUACAUACGUUCCUAACUACUGCUGCAGGCAAGAAACAAAAGAAUUGAUAAUGCUUUCCGUACUAACCAUUUUGAAUAUACAUAAAUAAAACUGGUAAACUUUGUUAGAUUGUUUUUGUUUCACGUACGCCUAUAUGUUUAGCUUCGUUGUUGACUGGAAUUAGAAUCAUUUCUUGUUGAUGGUAUAUUUUAUUCUCUUGUAUGUAAAAUGGCUACGGAUUAAAC